AUGACUUCGCCCACGACCUACGACGGCUGGCCGCUGCGGCGUUCGCCAAUCUUCCAGAAAGUGAUCGGGACCGGUUCAUUCUACACCAGUUUAUCACCGGCCUUAGGGACCGCACCUCCAGCGGUGUCCUCUUGUUACACCCACCCGCCAGCCUCUCAUCGGCUAUCCAACAAUGUCGGCUCUACGAAGAGUGUUACCCGAGAGCAAAUGGGCCCACACACCGCACCAACAGCCCCACCCGUACGACUCCCCCACCCAACAGACGGUCUUCCGCCUUACCAGUUCGAUUUCCGGACCACGACCCCGGAUGCCCCUAUUGCGCAGCGUUUGGACCCCAAGCUCGGCGAUGUGGACAUAACCAGCCAAGUAAGUCAGCCUUCGUUGCUCCUACCUACCUGGCUUUAUCAUCCCACCCACCCCCUUUCACAAUACCCGCUACGCUAGGCGGUCACAAUAUACUAGCCUUAGUAGACACGGGCGCCAACGUUUCCCUCGUGAAUAGCUCAAACCUCACACGAGCGGCCCCCAUGCCCUGCGGGCAGCGAACGGUACCCUUAUAACCAUUUUGGGUCGCAUAACCCUAGGCCUCACUAUAGACAACACAGAGGUCACAUACCAAUUCCUGGUGACAUCUGAUAGCCCGUGGGCCUUAGUUCUAGGGUUGGAUCUCCUGGCAGACUACGACUGCGUUAUCCACACCAAGAGUCACCGCCUGUCAAUUCCGGCACACCCAGAUCCUUCCAACCACACACCUCCACAGAACCUCGAUCUAAUAUAUGACGCCGUGGUAGCAGCCGCAACUCUAGAGCCGUCCGACAUCGACGCGAACCUACCCCCAGCAGAAACAGUCGGGGCAGAGAACCGCAAUAGACUACGUAAACUUUUACUGUCAUUCCCCGGGUUGUUCACCUGGUCAACCGAUACAAUCGGGCGCACCCGCAAAGUUCAACACGUUAUUAACACGGGCGACGCCAAACCCAUUUGGCAACCCCCACGCCGAAUACCGGUACGAUUCCGCGCAAAGGUCGACAAAAUCAUAGACGAGCUGCUAAAAGCUAGCAUUAUACAGCCGUCUUCCUCUCCAUGGGCAUCACCGAUAGCCUUGGUCCCCAAAAAAGACGGCUCUCUCCGUCUCUGCAUAGACUAUCGCCGCCUGAAUGCCGUCACUGUCCGUGAUUCAUUUCCAAUGCCGCGUUUAGACGACACCUUAGAUAGCCUUGGUGGGGCAGCCUGGUUCUCGACACUGGACCUUAUAUCAGGCUAUUGGCAGGUCGAGAUAGACCCCAAAGACCACCAGAAGACCGCGUUUAUCGUACCGCAAGGGCUAUUCGAGUUCCAGACGUUUCCUUUCGGCCUAUGUAACGCCGCCGCCACCUUUCAACGAUCGAUGUACCAGGUGUUACGACACGUUCUCCCGCACAAGUGCCUCGUGCAUCUGUACGACAUUAUCCUGUUUGGACCCGACGUCGAACAACACAACCGUAUUUUAAGAGAGGUGUUAGAAGCCCUCCGCGCUGCCGGCCUGACGUUGAACCCGGCCAAGUGCACGUUCCUACGGCCAGAAGUACAAUUCCUAGGCCAUAAAAUCUCCCCAGGCCGCAUAGCCGCUCUACCGGACCGACUGCAACAGAUUCGCACCUGGCCGACACCCGCCAACCAGACGCAAUUACGUAGUUUCCUGGGGCUGGCCUCUUACUACCGACGGUUUAUCCGUAAUUUCGCCAACAUUGCCAAGCCACUCCACAAACUAACAGAGAAGGGUAGAGACUUCAGAUGGUCUCUGGAGUGCGAAGAGGCCUUUACCAGUCUGCGUGCCGCCCUCGUCUCCGCCCCGCUUCUAGCUCUCCCGAAAGUUAAUCCUGACGCCCCUCCAUUUAUCCUCGACACAGACGCCAGCGGCUUUGCCAUUGGUGCAGUUCUGUCACAAACGGACGCUCAGGGCGUUGAACACCCCAUCUGUUUUGCGAGCAACACGCUGACGAAGUCUCAACGGAGCUACUGCACGUUCCGCAGAGAACUCUUAGCCAUAAUCACGUUCAUAGGGCAGUUCAAACACCUUCUUAUUGGACGCCGUUUCAUACUACGAACGGAUCAUAAAGCCUUGCAGUGGCUCCAGUCCAUUAAAGACCCUAUGGACCAGCUCGCACGUUGGCAAGAGUUUCUUCAAGAUUUUGAUUUUGACUGCCAAUUUCGGCCCGGUCAUAGCACGGCAACGCCGAUGCCCUCUCCCGCCUGCCCGAUCCCCCGCCUACUGAAACGGAAAUCCACACAGAGUCGGUUAACGCCAUCAUGA